AUGAGUAAUGGUGAGAUAGAAAUGAUGAAACAACAUCAUUUAAUCGACGUAGAGGAAAUAGAAGAAAGGAUUGAUGAAAUGUUUAAGAAUUUAAGCAUUUCACCUAUUGAAUCGCGUACCAUAUUCAAAGUAAACAGGAUGUUAUGUGAAUUAAAUUCAGAUGCUUAUACACCAAAGAUGGUCUCUAUUGGUCCUUACCAUAAGAAAAAUCCUCAACUUGAUCCAAUGGAAAAGUACAAAGUGUCAUACCUAAAACGGUUUCUUCAACGAAGAGAGGGGCCUGAUGUAAAAAAAUACAUCAGUGAAUUGAUGACUCUGAAGGAGAAAGCACUAAAUUGUUACGACGACAUACAAGACUCUAUAGAAGACAAUAGUGAAUUUUGCCAAAUGUUGUUGAUUGAUGGUUAUUUUGUGGUUGAGUUUAUUCGAGAGCGUAGUAAAUUCUGUCCAGAAGGAGAAGAUAGGAUUAUCAUGAAUGCUAAUCGUGCAAGCUACAUAUUUCGAGAUUUGAUGUUACUAGAUAACCAACUUCCUUUCUUUAUCCUCGACCACCUUCAUCGCAUGACAAAGCAAGUUGAUGAAUCGUCAUUGCUAAUAUUGGUGAAUAAGUUGUUCAUGCGUUUUGCUAACAUGCAGGUACAUGAACCCUUAAGAGAGACAGAAUGUAAUAAUGUUGAAAAUAUCAAACAUUUACUUCAUCUAGUACACAUAUUUUCAUGUCAUAGGAAUCCCAAAAAAGAGUCAAACGAUGACAUAAUGUAUUCUAUGGUCAUGCCAAAUGCAAUAGAACUUUCAGAAGCUGGAGUUAGCUUUUCAAAGUCCAGAGAUAUGGCAAGUUUAAUGGAUAUAAAGUUCAAGAAUGGAUUGAUGACAAUUCCUUGUUUACGAGUCGAAGGUGCAACAGAAACGCUCCUGCAAAAUCUCAUUGCUUAUGAGCAACAAUCAUCUGAUGUACAAGAUACAUAUUUCAGUGAUUAUGCAACUUUCAUGGAUCGUCUUAUCGGCUCAAACAAAGAUGUGAUAAUUUUUUCUUCGCCAAAAAGGAAUCAUAGUGAACUGGACAACAAAUGA